UCUCCCUCAGUCUUCCACGGGCAGUCAAAGCACCUACUCCAAGCAGGUCUUGAAAACAGCCAUGGAGCCUACUGAGCCACUGAAGGAAGAAUCUGAGGUCUCCGAGGACUCCAAUAUGGAGAUGACACCGUCUUCCUCAGAGCCGAGGAUGAACAUGCAGUUGGAACCCACUGUGUCAUUCCUGUUCACACUCCUGAAUACUCCUGAACCCAAAGAUGCCGAAUUGGACUCUGAUAUCCAAGAGAGGCAGUUCCUCGAUAAAGAAGACUGGGGCCCCAUGAGGACCUCAGCGGAGAUGCAGCUCUUGCAGAAGGACUGCAGGAGGCUUCAGGAGGCAAUGGGCAUUAACCAAAGUGGUAACAAGACCCUUCAACAGAAGCUGCAAGACCUACCUACCUCACUGUACCAGAACCUGGAAAGAAUUCUGACCAUUCCGGAGGAAGUAACAGUCACCCAGGAGGAAGCUGAGGAUACCCAGGAGGAGGCUGAGGUCACCCAGGAGGAGGGAGGCCCUACUACACUGGCAAAGUUCGCGCUGUUUCUUGGGCAGCAGAAGAGGCCUUCUGCUCAGCCUUCCUCCCUUCAGCCUCCCACACCCUUGCUUGCUACUGCCCUUCCAGGAAGCAGUGGCUCACAGAAACCUCAGUCAGCCCUAGUGGGGCCAGAGGCCUCUCCACCAACCAGCCUCUCUCUAAGCCCCAGCAAUAAAAAUUGA